CCCGAAAUUGUAACUUCAAAUAAGCCAGAAACUAUAGAAGAUGAAUCAGAUUAUGAUGAGCCGAUUUCAAGCAGUAAAUUUUGGUUAGAUUCUGAAACUAGAACCCUAAUCUCUUACCUAGCAGAUAAUUCUGACUUAUAUCGCAAAAACAAACCAAAAUUUUAUGGCAUGGCUGCAAAUAAAAUUGGUAAUAAUAGAACUAGCGCCCAAAUUAAUUCAAAAAUUCAGUCACUUAAAACAAGGUAUGAGAAAGAAUAUAAAGAAAAGCCAGAUCGAAAUGAUGAUGAAAGCGAUAAUAGUGAUAAGGAUCUUGUGGUUUCAAGUCAUAAGAAGAGAAAAAUUUCUGAGAUCGAUCAAAUAUGUUUAGAUGAAUUAAGAUCUUUAAGAAAAACUAAAAAAAUUG